GUAGUGGAGCUCCGAGUCGAGGGUGGGAACGAAUUCGGUUAAGCCGAGGCCUAGCCGUGGGAAUUGGGAGCUGGUCUUGGGGGGGGAGGGGGGAGAGAGGCUAGGACGGAUGUGGAAUGGCGGCGUGAGCAAAAAGUAUGGGAACGUUGGCCCAGGGUCGAGGAUGAUGAGCAAGCGGCUUUUUAGUGAGAUAUGGCGCGGGGGAGCGUGCGCACGUCGUUGUUAGGCUGCACUAGGCAACGAGGGAAAACGGGUCGAGGUAGCGUGCUGGGCGAGAGUGAAUGGAUGAUGACAGGCGGGCCACAGAAGACGUCUCUGUCGCGCGCGCUGCAAAGGAAAAGCAGUCGGCCCGUUGUCGGUAUGGAUGACAGAAAAAUUUCUCACUCGUUCACACAGUGCUUCCUCCGUGUCUGGGUGCUGCCACAGGCUCCCAGUGCGCCGAGGAUGCCGAGCGAUCAGCCUUUUUUUUCUCGUGCGGCCGGAAUUCCGUGCAACUUGGACGGGGCACAGUCGACACGGCGGAGUGCUGGCAAGAGUGCUAGGAUUUGUGUGCGCAGAUGCUCGGCAGAGGUGGGUCGUCCAAGGCGGUGGGCGAUCUGGUGCCUUCUUUUAUGCGCGCAGGUGACUCGCGCAACGGGCAGAUGGGAUGGUCGCGGGUUUUUUUGGCUAUGGCCUUGGGACGCGCCAACAAGGCGAGGGUCGAUGGGCUGGCUGGCGGCGGCGGGUGCACGUGUAGUAGCACCGCGGGCGCGAGAUGUAGUAGUGUGUCUGGGGGGGCAAGCGGCGGGCUACUACGCUGGCGACGGCAGCGUUAGGGGCAGGGCAAGGCAAGGCUGGCUCCUGGACGCGUUUGGUGAUAUGGGCGAGCACUGGAAGCCGUCGCAAAGAUUCGCGAUGGGAGGCUAGGGACGAAGAUGGGAAGGCGUGAGGGUGGCAAAGGGAAAGCUGGAGACUGCUAAUCGGCGAAAAAGGCCAGUUCCUCGACUGGAAUUUGGCUGACUAACCCCGCCUGCCUGCUCAGGGCUCUCUCUCUCUCUCUGACCGCCUCGGCCUGCCGCCUUUGUUUUCUCGUUUGCAGCCAGCAGCGCUCAAAGACGUGCCU